GUCCCAGACACAUGCAUGAAUAUACUUAAGAUGCUAUGACAUAUGUGAGGACAUAUGGUAGACCAGAUUUAUUUAUCACCUUUACAUGCAAUCCAGGUUGGACUGAGAUAAAGGAAAUGCUCAAAAACGGUCAAGUACCCAGUGACCGCCACAACUUAAUUGCGAGAGUCUUCAGACAGAAACAGUUUACAUUGAUCGAACUUAUAACAAAGGCCCAUGUGUUUGGACCCCCAAGAUGCUGGAUGUAUACAAUUGAAUAUCAAAAGCGAGGAUUACCACACUCACACAAUUUAAUCUGGUUGGCAGGCAAAAUCCAGCCCACACAAAUAGAUGAGGUUAUAUCUGCUGAACUCCCAGACCCAAGAGAGGAUCCCAAUCUUUAUACAGUGGUAACAAAAAAUAUGAUCCAUGGACCCUGUGGAAAUAUAAACCCCAAUUCACCAUGUAUGAAGGAUGGAAAGUGCAGCAAGAGAUACUCAAGGGAAUUGAUUAAAGAAACACAAACUGGAGAUGACGGUUAUCCUCGAUAUAGACGACGAGCUCCACAAGAUGGAGGGUUCACGGCGAAAGUAAAGUUACAUGGCACAGAAAUAGAAAUAGACAACAGGUGGGUUGUGCCAUUUUCACCCCUGCUUUCUAAAAUGUUCCAGGCACACAUUAACGUUGAGUACUGCAACAGUGUAAAAUCAAUCAAGUAUGUGUGCAAGUAUGUAAACAAAGGCAGUGAUAUGGCUGUGUUCAGCCUAAACAAUGAGAAGACAAACAAUGAAGUCAUCCAGUAUCAGUUGGGUAGAUACAUAAGCAGCAGCGAAGCCGUGUGGUGGAUCCUAGGGUUUCCAAUUCAUGAAAGACACCCUACAGUUGUUCACCUGAGUGUUCAUUUGGAAAACGGUCAGAGAGUUCAUUUCACAAUGGAGAGUGCUCCUAGAGUAGUUGAACAGCCACCAAACACAACUUUAACAGCAUUCUUUAAACUAUGUAAAGAGGAUCCUUUUGCAAGAACAUUGCUUUAUCCUGAGGUUCCUCGAUACUAUACAUGGAAUGCCCCAAGGAAAGUUUUCUGUAGAAGAAAAGUUGGACAGCACCUCCCUGGACACAAUAUAGUUGAAAGUGAUGCUUUAGUUCGAGGACCAACUUCUUUCUCAGCGCUGAGAACAAUAAAUGGCGAGGUAUGCCAAACAUACAGAGAAGCCUGUCAGAAACUUGGUUUGCUUGAAGGAGACCAACACUGGGAUAAUACAUUGAGAGAAGCCAAAUUAAUUUCUUUACCAGACCAAAUCAGAAACCUGUUUGCUAUAAUACUAACAACAUGCAGUCCUUCAAAUCCAAACACUUUAUGGGAGAAGUAUAAGGAAGCACUAAGUGAGGAUAUACUUGCCAAAACUCGGAGGGAAAACCCAACAUUGGAAAUUACUUUUUGUCCCGAGAUUUUCAACAGGGCGUUAAUAAUUUUAGAGAACAAGUGUAUUGCCAUGAUCAAUAAGACAUUAGUGCAGUUAGGCCUGCAAGCACCAGUACGAGAUCAACAAGAUGUACUGAAUUCAGAUUACAUGAGAGAGAAGAACUACAACAUGGAAGAGCUGCGUGCAUAUGUGGCAGAUAAGAAACCACUUCUAAAUCAAGAUCAAAGAAAAGGAUACCAAAUCAUUAUUGAUCAUAUAACAAGACAACAAGGUGACAACUUAGGCAAUCUAAACUGGUUGUGUGAGAGGGCUAUUCUUGCUGCUAAAAAUGAGGAUGUCCGUGAAAUUAACAAUCAAAUAUUUUCUAUGAUACCAGGAGCAGUUACUGAGUACAAAUCUUUUGAUACCGUAGUAGAUGCCGAUGAGGCUGUGAAUUUCCCACCAGAAUUCCUGAAUUCCCUUGAUCCAGCUGGAUUGCCACAACAUCGCCUAUCACUUAAAGUUGGAUGUCCUAUUAUUUUAUUACGAAACCUUGAAUCACCAAAACUGUGCAAUGGAACAAGGCUGUGUGUGAAAAACAUGUUGCCUAAUGUGUUGGAAGCUACUAUUUUGACAGGAAAGGGAAAGGGAGAAACAGUUUUUAUUCCACGAAUACCUCUUAUUCCAACAGAUCUGCCUUUUACUUUCAAGAGACUACAACUCCAGGUGACGCUUGCAUUUUCCAUCACGAUCAACAAGUCACAAGGGCAGUCCAUUUGGUACUGCGGAGUUGAUUUAAGAUCACCAUGUUUUUCACAUGGGCAACUUUAUGUAGCGUGCUCCAGGGUGGGUUCCCCAAAUAGUUUGUUCAUUUUAGCAAAUGCGGGAGAAACUAAGAAUAUAGUAUACAAACAAGUAUUGCAAUAAUAUGUCAGUUGAGUUAACCUCACUUUUUAAGAGUCUGUGAGUUGGUACUAAUCUGCUUCAUUGUACCAUAUUUUGCUCUGUUUCAACAUUC